AUGUCGGAAGAAGUUAUUGUUAGUGCAAAUGAAACAUUCAAUUGUUCCAAUUGUAAUCUCUCAUUAAUUGGACAAAGGUAUAUAUUAAAUGAUGAAAAGCCAUAUUGUGUUGCGUGUUAUGAGAAUAACUUUAGUCAUGCAUGUGAAUUAUGCAAAGAGAAGAUCACCUGUGACUCAAAAGAUCUCUCAUUCAAAGAUAAACAUUGGCAUGAAAGGUGUUUCUUCUGUAGUGUAUGCCAAGCAUCAUUAGCAGAUAAACCAUUUGCUACUAAAGACAAUGAUCUCUACUGUCCAGACUGUUAUGAUGAGAAAUUCUCGCCUCGAUGUGACGGCUGUAAAAAGAUUUUCAAGGCUGGUUCACGUAAAUACGAAUAUAAAGGGUCAACGUGGCAUGAAGAAUGCUUCACAUGUAUUGAAUGUAAGCAACCAAUCGGAGCAAAAAGUUUUGUACCUAAAGACGAUGGUGUAGUCUGUGUACCGUGUUAUGAAGAGAAAUAUUCACAAAAAUGCUGCAAAUGUAACAAGGCCAUACAGAAAGGUGGAGUAACCUAUAAGGGUCAACCUUGGCAUAAGACAUGUUUCUUGUGUACAAAUUGUAGUUGUGAGUUGGCUGGUCAGAAGUUUACUUCACGAGAUGAAAAACCUUACUGUGCAGACUGUUACACACAGUUGUUUGCAAAACACUGUGCAAAGUGCACAAAACCGAUAAGUGGUUUCGGUGGCUGCAAAUUCGUGACAUUUGAAGACAAGCAUUGGCAUUCUGAUUGUUUCAAUUGUAGUAAAUGUCAAAAUAGCCUUGUAGGCAAGGGCUUCCUUGUCGCUGACGACGGUGUUGUUUGCCCUGAAUGUGCAAGAUAA